UAGCUCGUCUCCAUGGCAACUUACGGAGUCGCACCACGGCGGCCGCCGAGGGACAAUCCUAGUGCGUCCGCAGCUUCGAGCUCACGCUCCGCCCUCGGCCCCGCCCUUCGUGCGUCUCCCGGCAACGCGGCGCCUCAGCUCACUGCCUCACCCGCGGGACUCACUCCGCGUCCGCGCGCGUCCUCAGGUCAUGGUUCCCAGCCUGGCUCCCGUUUCGGAGUCGUUCUCAAGCGUGGAAUACGGGUCCACACAGCCGACGAGGCCCUCGGUCACAUGGGACCUGCGCUCCUCCACGGAUUAUGGGCCCGCAGUCCAGGCGAGCACCGGUUCCCGCGCCUCCCGGGGCUCAUUGUUCUUCCGGCGCGAUAGGGGUCUCGGGGUCCAGCCGCAGAUCUGCUUCCUGCGGCCGCGGAGCACGCAGUCGCCGGUGUUCUUCAGCAUAAUGAAUUCCAGUGAAGCAGCAGUGAAAAAAUUUUUACCCAAGAGUCAUCUAUCUCGAGUGAUUAUCCGUGACAACCUCAGCGCACAACGAAUCUAUGAGAUGGAGAUAAGAGCUUCAGAAAAGACCAAGAAAAAGAUGGGCCACUUGUAUGACCACCUGAAGAAGAAGUUCAUGACAGACCAGCUCAGGAAGCUGGGGCGCUGGAGACGGGAGUCCCUGGGCAUUCAGCAGUACUUGGACGCCAUCCGAGUGUACAAAGUCCAGUUGAAACUCCGGUCUCGCAAGAGAAACCGGCCACCUUAGUCCCAGCAGGAUGACCUGCCCUGGGGCCAAAGCAACAUGGAUCUGACCACAGGAGAACUAGAAACUAGCCGGCCUUCACCAGCACAGAACAAUAAACUGAGACCAACGGACAGUGGAGCACAAAAUACCCUGGGCAAUUCUCAUAUUCCUUGGCCCACCCAUCCCCUCUUUUCUGAUAAGGGUGAAGAGUCUGAAUCAAGCCAGCUUUCAGGAUUAGGGCAGAGGUUAAGACGAAGAUCAACCUUUCAGUACCCGCAUGUCUGAGAUGACAUGCCAGGCCAGGUGUGCUGCAACAGUGGUACCUUAGAUGGGAAGGACUCAGUAAUGCCACUGCCUGGCAUGCCUGUUGUAAGGGCAGGGCAGGGCAUUAGACCUACCUGGCUUAAGUGCUGAUUCUGCCACCCACCAGCUGUGUGACUUUGUAACCUCCUUGAGCUUCUGUUUCCUCAUCUGAAUAAAUGGGAUAGUAGUAGUAAGGGAA